UCACCCACUGUCGCCUCGGGCGGGGAUCGGUGCCCCCGAAGCGCAAAGCCUGACGCGCCCCCUUUCCCCGCCCCCCCAUCUCCCACCGCCCAGUCCCCGGCAGCGAUGAGACAGAGCGGCGCCUCCCAGCCCCUGCUGAUCAACAUGUACCUGCCAGAUCCCGUCGGAGACGGUCUCUUCAAGGAAGGGAAGAGCCCGAGCUGGGGGCCUUUGAGCCCUGCGGUGCAAAAAGGCAGCGGGCAGAUUCAGCUGUGGCAGUUUCUGCUGGAGCUGCUGGCGGACCGCGCGAACGCCGGCUGCAUCGCGUGGGAGGGCGGCCACGGCGAGUUCAAGCUCACAGACCCCGACGAGGUGGCGCGGCGCUGGGGCGAGCGGAAGAGCAAGCCUAACAUGAACUACGACAAGCUGAGCCGCGCCCUGCGCUACUACUACGACAAGAACAUCAUGAGCAAGGUGCACGGCAAGCGCUACGCUUACCGCUUCGACUUCCAGGGCCUUGCGCAGGCCUGCCAGCCGCCACCCGCUCACGCUCACGCCGCCGCCGCCGCCGCCGCGGCCGCCGCCGCCGCCCAGGACGGCGCGCUCUACAAGCUGCCCGCAGGCCUCGCCCCGCUGCCCUUCCCCGGCCUCUCCAAACUCAACCUCAUGGCCGCCUCGGCCGGCGUCGCGCCCGCCGGAUUCUCCUACUGGCCCGGCCCGAACCCGGCUGCCACCGCCGCAGCCACCGCCGCGCUCUACCCCAGUCCCGGCUUACAACCUCCACCGGGGCCCUUCGGCGCGGUGGCCGCAGCCUCGCAUUUGGGAGGCCAUUACCACUAGACGGGGCGGCGGGGUGCUGCGCAGCCUCUCCCACUCGCCCAG